AGUCAGGCUGGCAUUUCGUUCUCCUGCAGGUGACUUGGGAUACAGUCCUCAAGUCCUCAGAACUCAGAGUCUACUGUCUACUUCCCAGGUAGAGGAGCUGGGGAAAGCCCCUGUAGGGGAGUAGUCCUCAAACUCUCCUUUAGGACAGCAAGGGAACAAGGGUCUUUUCUUUCCACCCCUGAGAUUAGUAUAGACAGUUUGAUGAGGCUGUCACUGAGUAGACCUGGCAUUGUGACCUGUUUGAAAGUGGAUCUGAAAGUUUGAUGCCCCUUCAGGACUUUUGUCUUCUCUAGAGUAACAGGGAAAAGAAAUUAGGCUAUAUCCUAGCUGUGUCACUAGGAGCUCAGGAACAGCAGUCCAUGAAGGGUACAUGAGGAACUUUUCUAAGAUCAUUUUUUAUCCUCCAUUACUGGAUAUUCUGGCUGAAAAGGUAAGCAGGGGCAGCUUGUGAACUGGGAAGGUGCCCCAGCAAGCUGAUGAACACUGUACUCCCAACCCUUAGGAAGAUUGCUGAGACAAGCUCUGGGCACUUGGCCAUACCUAUUUACCAUCUAUCCUCAGAACAGGUCUUCAUGUCUCCAGUGGGGUCUCCUCCUACCCUGAAGGUCAGCUGUCUUCAGCUGGUUGUUUGUGCACAAUGUGCACUGGGCAAUGGAACAAUGGCCAUGGUGCUUAUAGGAGAAAUUCAUGAUCCUGGACAAGUCCAAUGGGAGAGAUAGUCAAGAAACUCAACCCAAAAUACAGUGACAAGGGUGAAAGACAGUAAGAGGGUGUCCAGCAGAGACAUUUAGGUAAAGCCACAUGCUACAUUUAAUAAGGUUCUCUGGCAGAAGAGACAAUCCUAACCUCAAAGCCUCAGGAGGACUACCAUCUCAUUCUGAGUUCACAGCAUUCUAAAGGAAGUCAGUGACAGGUCUGCUGAUUCAUCACCAUCCAACAGACAGCACAGAAAUACAGAAGGAAUUGUCUCAAGAAAUAGAAUUCAUGGGGUUGGGGAUUUAGCUCAGUGGUAGAGCGCUUGCUUAGCAAGCGCAAGGCCCUGGAUUCGGUCCCCAGCUCCGAAAAAAAGAAAAAAAAAAGAAAUAGAAUUUAUAUAAUGGGGAGAUCCAGGAUAAUCAUCACGGUGGUUGUUUGUCACCAGACAAAAGAAUUUCCUUUAUAGUAAAGGACUCCAAAAACAACAAGAGAAAACUAUAUAUUAACAACAAAUAAAAAUUUGAAAAAUGAAAUAUAGAAAAUUUAGAUAGAUACUCGUAUCUUCUAAUUUAUGAGGCUUGGUCAUCUCCACAAACUUACCUAAUUGUUUAUGGACUUUCACUUUGUUUAUUAUUUUUCAGGACAGGGUUUCUCUUAGUAGCCCUGGCAGUCCUGGAACUCACUCUGUAGACCAGGCUGGCCUCAAACUCAAAGAUCUGCCUGCUUCUGCCUCCCUAGUGCUGGAAUUAAAGGCAUACACCACCAACACCAGGCUAAAGAUUUUUGUUUUAUGUAUCUGGAUGCUUUGCCUUACUGAGAAACAGUCUCACAUUAAAAAAAUAAAUAAGGGGGCUGAAGCGAUGGCUCAGCAGCUAAGAGCUUCUUAACUGCUCGUCCAUCUGGCUGCCCUUCCAGAGGACUUGGGUUCAGUUCACAGCACUCACAUGGCAGAUCACAACUGUCUGUAACUCCAGUUCCAGGGGAUCUGACACCCUCACACAGGCAUAUUUGCAAGUGAAACACCAGCAUAAAAACUAAAAGAAAACCUCUUAUAAAAGGAACAAAGAAAAAUAUAAAAGAAAACCUCUUAUAAAAGGAACAAAAAGACCAGAAAGAUAAUAUAAAAAAGUGACUAUAUUCAGAAAAAGUGACUGUAUAAAAUGGAACAUGAGGGAACAGAAUAGAAAUGUUUCACUAGGGGUUGGGGAUUUAGCUCAGUGGUAGAGCGCUUGCCUAGGGGAAAAAAAAAAAGAAAUGUUUCACUAGCCAUGUCAAAUUUUUAAAAAUCACUGACAUAAGUCAUGCAUGGUGGCAUAUGCCUAUCACCCCAGCAAGUGGGAGUGGGGUCAUGAUUUAGAGACCAGCCUGGGCUACAUUAUAAAAUGCUGGGUUUUUUUAAAGCAGCUAAAGCCAGAGUGUGCCUGUAACUCCAGAACACAGGAGGCAGAGGCAGGCAGAUCUCUGUUAGGCUCCAGGACAGUCAUGACUACAUAGAACUUCUCUCAAAACAAACUUCAGCAUGCUAAGUUCCUUGAUACAAGAAUUCUUCGAGGGCCUAUUGGGCCAGUUAGGGCACCCCCUCAGCUGACAGUGGGCAAGGUGUUGGUUAGGAAAGACUUCCUAGGGGAGGGACCUUUCUUUGGUCAGGAAACAUGAGUAGGAGUUGAGGAGUGUCUGGACAGGAUAAGUCCCUCGGAUUCAUAACUGACACACUUUGCCACUCAAUCUAGGUGGCACUGCUAAAUGUUCUCUGCUUCAAACCUGGCUCCUGACCAAAGGCCCAGCCCAAUAAACAGACAGUUGGCUUUCUUUCAACUGAAACUGAAAAACCAGCUGUCCUCCAAGGUUCAGCUAGUGAAUCGUCAGCAAACAUCUAUAGCCAUCACCAUAUCGUACAAUCCUGGGAAUGUGCAUGGGCUCAGACAACCUGCCAGAGACCCCAAUAUGACUCAUCUCACCCAUAAGCAUGAGUCAAGAGGAUGAAAUAAACAUGUUUACACCCUUUCUCACUCCAAUCCCCUUUGCCUUCCAGUGUAUCCUAAACAUCGCUUGAGUUUCUUGUCAUCAUUCUCUAUGUAUACAUAUAUCUAUAUGUUAUUAGAUAGAUAGAUAGAUAGAUAGAUAGAUAGAUAGAUAGAUAGAUGAGAAGAUGGGUAGAUGGAUAGACAGACAGACAGACAGACAGAUAUUCCUGUGUGUGCAGGAGUGAAUGUGCCCAUGGAGGCUCCAGGUUGAACUCCUCCUUGAACACUCUGCACCUUAUUCAUUGUGGCAGAGGUUCUCAACUGAUCGGAGAGCUCACCCACACACUAGCUGGGCUAGCCAGCUUGCUAUGCAGAUCCCAUGUCUCUGCCUUCCAGGCACUAAAAUUACAGGUGGGCUGUCAUUAGAACAGGGCAUUGGGGUUGGGGAUUUAGCUCAGUGGUAGAGCGCUUGCCUAGGAAGCGCAAGGCCCUGGGUUCGGUCCCCAGCUCCGAAAAAAAAGAACCAAAAAAAAAAAAAAAAAAAAAAAAAAAAAGAACAGGGCAUUAAUGAGGCAUCUAAACUCUGGUCCGCUUCCUAUUCGUGUGGUCUUUGUGACUUCCACCAUGGCAUACUGCAGCCAGGGCCAGAAGGUGCAGAAGGUGAUGGUGCAGCCCAGCAGCCUUAUCAUCAGAUACUUGCAAAAUAGAUCUCGAAUUCAGGUGUGGCUGUAUGAACAAGUGAAUAUGUGGAUAGAGGGUUGUAUUAUUGGCUUUGAUGAAUACAUGAACCUUGUAUUAGAUGAUACAGAAGAAAUUCAUUCUAAAACAAAGUCAGGAAAACAACUGGGUCAGAUCAUGCUAAAAGGAGAUAAUAUCGCUCUGCUCCAAAGUGUUUCCAACUAGCAGUGGUCAAGCAUGGGAGAAGUCGAAAAGGGGGUUCAGGUGUCUUUUAAAGGUGUCAUCUGCUGGGGACAUCUUGUUUUACUUGCACAUUAUCAUUAGGUAACGAUAAAUGUGAUAUUGUUUUUGUUAAAAAAAAAAAACCUCUGAUCCUCACACUUGUUCUGCAAAUGCUCUAACCAUUGAGACACCUCCCCAAGCUCUCUACCUAUAUUGAUUUUUGCGAAUAAGCAAUCUUUGAUUUAACACAAUUUUAUUUAUAUUUAUUUAUCUGGAGACAGGGUCUUCUUGUAGCCCUGGAUGUCCUGGAACUCGCUAUGUAGACCAGGUUGGCCCUGAACUUGCAGAGAUUCUUCUGCCUCUGCUUCCUAAGUGCUAGAAUUAAAGGUGUGCACCACCACAACUGGCUCUAUUUAUUUAUUUAUUUGAGACAGGGCCUUACUAUAUAGCUCUGGUUAGCCUUGAACUCGCAGAGAUCUGCUGCCCCUCAGCCUCCCAAGAGCGGUGAUAAAAGGUGUAUGUCACCACACCCAGCCUCAAUUUAAUUUUGAUUCAUUAAUAUUGGAAUAUUAAUAAGGAAAGCAUAAUUAAUAAAGAAAGCAGGACUAUGUUUCUAACAAGUCCUGCUUUCCUUAGUGCUCCGGUUCUUGUGAUUAAAGGCUAACCCCUGGGGGCAGUACUGAGAGGUGGUAGAACCUUUAGCAGAACCAAGUUGGCCUUUAGGUCAUUAAGGAACUACCUUCUGGGACCCUGUAAGCUCUUGCCAGAGUUCUUUUUUUUUUUUUUUUUUUUUUUUUUUUUUGGUUCUUUUUUUUCCGGAGCUGGGGACCGAACCCAGGGCCUUGCGCUUCCUAGGUAAGCGCUCUACCACUGAGCUAAAUCCCCAGCCCGCCAGAGUUCUUAUAAAAGGAGCAAGAGCCCGACUCCAUCCAGCUCUCUACUGCCUAUUGAAGAGGUGAAGUUGUGGCCCAGUUCACACUCCCGCCAUCUGCCACUGGAC